AUGGAGACAAUGGACGGGGGGUGGACGGCAAUUCAAAAGAGAAUAGACGGAUCCCUAAGCUUUGACAGGAACUGGACAGAUUAUAAAAAUGGUUUUGGUGAACCGGAACAGGAUGUCUGGAUUGGAAAUGACGUUAUCCACCAGUUAACAAAGAAAGGGAACUCAUCCCUCUAUGUAUCCAUCACACUAGUGAAUGGCAGCAGACUGUAUGAAUUGUACGAUCGAUUCUCUGUGUCGAAUGAAACAGAAAAGUAUCAACUCUUUCUGGCGGGACCUGCCACUGGAACCUUAGGUGACAGUAUGUUAAAUCCUGGUUAUUCUUGGAAAAAUCUGUAUGGGAUGUCAUUCACUACCCAGGACAGAGACAACGACAGAUUGAGUGGAUAUAACUGUGCUGCUGACACUUUAGGAGGCUGGUGGUUUAACGAAUGUCACUGGGUUUUCCUCAACGGUCCCUGGUCCCCGGCAAGCUGGUGGGGACCUUGGUAUCCUACUGUUACAUCCGGGUUAUCUGUGAGGAAGACGAUGAUGAUGAUCAAACGUCACUAG